UGACGACCGUAUUCAAUUCGCGGUCUAUCAUGUACUGCAGCUCAGAAAUGAGGUUGCAUGGGACAGAGGACAAUAUGGUUACCAUUUGGUUACUAUGGUUUUGUAAGGAAGCCAUUGCAAAGCAUGGUAACAAUAAGAGUCAUCACAAACAAAAGAGGGUUUAUAAAGAAGAGUGACUCUCGGGGAUUUAGUACAAAUAUUUCUUGCCAGCAAACAAAGCUAACAGAGCAAGACUACUGAAAAGUCAAGGACUUUAUAACAGCAAGGGUGUAUACCAGUAAAGUCUUAUCUACGAAACACAGCAGCGAUGUCUACGGCAACGCCACUCCUCACUUCAAGAAAGCACGAGAGAGACUACUUGAUGACUCUAAAUGAUCGCUUUCAAUCAUAUGUAUCGAAAGUCAGGCAGAUGCGAGAACAGAGUGAAAGAUUAGAAUCAACUGCAGUCUACAACACGACAAAGGCACUCGAAGAAGAAAUCUACAACUUGAAGCAACUUUACGAAAGAGAACUUGAAAACCUCCGACUGAAACUGGACGAUGUCUCAAAUGAAAAGAACCAGUUUCAUCUCAGCUCGUCUAAAAAUGCAGCAUUGGCUUCUGAAUACCAAGACAAGCUUGCAGAUGAGAUCAAUUUGAGAAAGAAGCUUGAAAACACAUUGGCUGAUGCCCAGCGUGUAAUUGCUGAGAAAGAAACCCAUUUGCAAGAUGCAAGAAUCACAAUCUCACAGCAUCAAAAUGCCCAUCUUGAUACUCAGAAGGAUAGAGACAGCCUCCAUACGGCACUCACAGAAACACAAAAUGCAUAUGAUACAGAAGCAAUUGCCCGUAAUGAUUUGCAAAGUUUGGCAGAUCAGCUUAGAGAGAAACUUGACUUUGAGCGACAAGUCCAUGAUAGGGAAAUCAGAGAAUUAAAGAGUCAUCUAGCAGAUGCCCACCAAUCACUCAGGGUUAUGGAGGAUCGCCUGCAUGAACAUAACCUUCUUGAUGACAAUAUGGCUAACAUGCUGGCUAAAGUUAGAAUGCAGAGUGAAGCAGAACUCAGACGCUUCAAAGAGGAAUCUGAGCUUGUAUAUCAAAAUGGGUUGCAACAAAUCAAACAUGAGCUGGAAAAGGAGUCUAAAGCCCAUGCUGGUGCAGUUGAAGAGAACAUUCACCUCAAAGCACAAAUUGAUCAACUGAAUCAGCGCAUCAUCAACUUGGAAUCAAAGUGUGCAAACACGGAGUAUCAAAACUCAUCUCUCAUACAAACAAUGGAGGUAGAGAGACAGCAAGCUGCCAAUGCAAUCAAGAACUUGGAAGAAAAACUGCGAACAAUGCAGGAGAACCUGAACGAAAAAAUCAGGGAACUCGGGAUGGCCUACAACUCCCACCUGCCGCUUGAUCUGGAAAUCGAUGCUUUUGCCACCUUACUUGAAGCCGAGGAGAGAAGACUGACGGCGACUGCCUUGAAUCAUCCAAUAAUGACCACAGGGAGAACUCACUAUAUUGGACGACCUGUUUCGCCUAUGAUUACUAAAGCCACUACUGCUCCACCAACACUUCUUGAAUCGAGAACGGCAAUGCGACCAAAGACCACUGCGAGGCCCAAAUCAGUACCAGAUCGCCCAGUGAAAUCAAAUGCGAGUUUACCUCUCUUGACUGGUUCAACCAGAAGGAGAAACCUAAUGGAAGCAAAUCCAGCAUCCAUGCUUUACUCGUCUUGCCCUGAUCCAAUUUCAACCAAGUCUGUGCCAACUCAAAAGUGGACUUACGUUCCAAAUUAUGUCGACUACCACAGCCCCGCCACAAGCCAUAUCGGUAACGUGCGAAUCCUCGAAGUGCAUCCAGGAGGAAAGUUUGUCAGACUCUUCAAUUCAUCUGCUUUUCAGGAUGAAGAAAUUGGCAGCUUCAUUAUUCAACAAAACGUGAGAGGGAAACCUGUCAAUGUUUUCCGUUUCCCUGGAAGAACGAAAAUUAAAGCCUCCACUAACGUAACUGUUUGGUCAGCUUCAAGUCAUGCGAAGCACAACCCUCCGUCUGAUUUCCUCUGGAGCGAACAAGCAAAAUGGAGGAGUGGCCCCGAAUGUACAACAAUCCUUUGCAAACCCAGUGGACAGGCUGUUGCCUGGACAACUUCUGCUUACCCUUAUGGAAACCCAAACUACAUUGCCACACGUGACUAUGAAGACAGAAGUGAUGAGUAUUUGCCAGAUGCAAAACCCUACAGCAUGUCACCACGCAAUGCUGUCCAUCCUAAUCACACCAAAAGCAGAGUGGAACACCAUGGCAAUGAUGGAAGAACCUUGAAUGCUCAGUCUAGAUCACAAACAUCUGUUCCAAAAAACAAACCAAGAGCAGUGCGACCAGUUAAAGCAAGCACACUAACAACAGGUGGAAACAAAAAGCAGAAUGGCAUCAUACGCAUGUCAAAUUCAACAGGAGCCCUUGGGUAUUCAAAUCAGAAUCAUAGAGUAACAUUUCAGUCACCAAUGCCAGCAUAGAUGAACACAUAUAAAAAGCACCUUAGCAACACAUAAUGGACCAGCAACUAAGAAAUGAGUUUAAAUAGAAUAGUUCAGCUGAAGGUAUAAUUUUUCAAGUAGCCGCAUUCUGCAUUGAGACUUUCAAGUUAGCAGCAUCAACAUUUUGAUAGUCUGGGGAAACUUGAUGAUUUUGGAAUCUAAACUACACUGACUUGGAACAUUAUCACAAACAACUAGAUUGCCAGAGAAAAAAGGCACAUAGGACAGUAACCCUUUGACCGAAUGAUUACUUUGUUUUGUAUUUCAGUGUCCUGCUCCCAUGUUUCUGGUGGUUAUUGCAAUAUUUCACUUUUUUUAAAACAUUAUUCGAUCAAAAGUUUGAAUAUGGGGCAAUAAUAAUAAUAAAUUGGGACAAUAAUAAUUUGAUUAUAAAGACUGUGAAGACGGUACUUUUUGGCUUAAGAACUCCUAACCUCAGAAGAGUCAUUGCAAUUUUCCAAUGCUUUCAAAACCAUAGACUUCAUUCUGCUCUAUGACCAUUAAUUUUGAGAAAAGUAAAUUAAAAUUUAAUAAGAUUCCCUUUGAAAAAGUACUGUGAAGCCUUUUCAAGUAGUUCUGGCACAAACUUGUGUUGUGUGCCAGGGAAAGCACUGCACAGAUAUGCAUUAUUUUAAUCAGCAUUGUUAAGUAAUAGUUUUUUAAUUAUAAGUAUGGUCACUAUUUAUCUGCAAUUUUGGUAUCUUAAGUUUUCUUAAUGUAGAUUUGAUAGAUUGGAAGAGAGGAAUUUUCAUCAAAUAUCAGAGAUGAUGAACUUACC